UCCGAGUGUCCGUGCAGCGGUCAGUCCGGCCGCCCGCCGCCCCCAUGCCCCACGCCUAGCGCCGCCCGCCCCGGCCAUGUCCGCCACGCAGCUCUACACCAAGUACACUAGGGUUUGGAUUCCUGACCCUGAUGAAGUUUGGAAAUCGGCAGAAAUUAUCAAGGAUUACAAAGAGGGAGAUAAAAGCCUCCAGCUGAAACUUGAAGAUGAAACUCUCUACGAAUACCCCCUGGACCUGCAGGGGCACGAGCUGCCCUUCCUGCGCAACCCAGACAUCCUGGUGGGGCAGAAUGACCUGACAGCCCUGAGCUACCUGCACGAGCCCGCCGUCCUGCACAACCUCAAAGUCAGGUUCCUCGAGUCCAACCACAUCUACACCUACUGUGGUAUCGUGCUGGUGGCCAUCAACCCCUACGAGCCCCUGCCAAUCUACGAGCAGGAUGUCAUCUACGCCUACAGCGGCCAGAACAUGGGGGACAUGGACCCCCACAUCUUCGCCGUGGCCGAGGAGGCCUACAAGCAGAUGGCCAGGGAUGAGAAGAACCAGUCCAUCAUCGUGAGCGGGGAGUCGGGGGCGGGCAAGACGGUCUCUGCCAAGUACGCCAUGCGCUUCUUCGCCACCGUCGGCGGCUCCGCCAGCGACACCAACAUCGAGGCCAAAGUCCUGGCCUCCAGCCCCAUCAUGGAGGCCAUUGGAAACGCUAAAACAACAAGGAAUGACAACAGCAGCCGCUUUGGGAAAUACAUUCAGAUUGGCUUUGAUAAAAAAUACCACAUCAUUGGUGCCAACAUGAGGACGUAUCUGCUGGAAAAAUCUCGGGUUGUAUUUCAGGCAGAGGACGAGCGCAACUACCACAUCUUCUACCAGCUCUGUGCCUCCUCAAGCCUCCCAGAGUUCAAAGACCUCGGGCUCACGUGUGCCGAAGACUUUUUCUACACUUCUCAGGGAGGGGACACGUCCAUCGAUGGCGUGGAUGAUGCUGCUGACUUUGAGAAAACCAGGCAUGCCUUCACCCUGCUCGGAGUGAAGGAGUCUCAUCAGAUGACCAUUUUUAGGAUAAUUGCUGCCAUUCUGCACCUGGGGAACUUGGAAAUCCAAGGGGAGCGAGAUGGGGAAGCCUGCAGCGUGUCGAGCGAGGACGAGCACCUGAGCAGCUUCUGCAGCCUGCUGGGCGUGGAGCACAGCCAGAUGCAGCACUGGCUCUGCCACCGCAAGCUCGUCACCACGGCCGAGACCUUAGUGAAGAGCAUGUCCCUGCACCAGGUGGAGAACGCCAGGAACGCCCUGGCCAAGCACAUCUACGCCCAGCUCUUCACCUGGAUCGUGCAGCACAUCAACGUGGCCCUGCACAGCACUGUGAGGCAGCACUCCUUCAUCGGCGUGCUCGACAUCUACGGGUUUGAAACUUUCGAAGUGAAUAGCUUUGAACAGUUCUGUAUCAACUACGCCAACGAAAAGCUCCAGCAGCAGUUCAACUCGCACGUGUUCAAGCUGGAGCAGGAGGAGUACAUGAAGGAGGAGAUCUCCUGGACUCUCAUAGAGUUCUACGACAACCAGCCCUGCAUAGACCUGAUAGAGGCCAAGCUUGGGAUCCUGGACCUGCUGGAUGAAGAGUGCAAGGUGCCCAAGGGCACGGACCAGAACUGGGCGCAGAAGCUGUACGACCGCCACGGCGCCAGCCAGCACUUCCAGAAACCCCGCAUGUCCAACACCUCCUUCAUCAUCCUGCACUUUGCUGACAAGGUGGAGUACCAGAGCGAGGGGUUUCUGGAGAAGAACAGGGACACUGUCUACGAGGAGCAGAUCAACAUCCUGAAAAACAGCAAGUAUCAGAUGGUAGCAGACUUGUUCCAGGAGGAGGAGGCUGCGCCUGCUGUGCCCGUGAGAAAGGGAGCGCCCCGGAUCAACGUCCGCUCCGCCACGCCGCCCUUCAAAGCUGCCAACAAGGAGCACAGGAAAACAGUGGGACACCAGUUCCGCAACUCCCUGCGCCUGCUGAUGGAGACCCUGAACGCCACCACCCCGCACUACGUGCGCUGCAUCAAGCCCAACGAUGAGAAACUCCCCUUCAAGUUUGAUCCGAAGAGAGCAGUGCAGCAGCUGAGAGCCUGUGGGGUGCUGGAGACCAUCCGGAUCAGUGCAGCUGCCUUCCCAUCCAGGUGGUCCUACCCUGACUUUUUCAACAGGUACCGUGUGCUCAUGAACAAGAGAGACCUCUCUAAGAAUGACAAGAAGCAGAUCUGCCAGACCCUGUUGAAAGACCUCAUUAAGGAUCCAGACAAGUUCCAGUUUGGCCGUACCAAGAUCUUUUUCCGUGCAGGCCAGGUGGCAUAUCUGGAGAAACUGAGGGCAGAUAAGUUCAGAGCUGCCACCAUCAUGAUCCAGAAGACGGUGAGGGGCUGGCUGCAGAGGGCCAAGUACCAGAGGCUGAGGCGAGCCGCCCUCGCCCUGCAGCGCUUUGCCCGCGGGCACCUGGCACGCAGGCUUUUUGAGAACCUGAGGAGGACGAGGGCUGCCAUCAUCUUGCAGAAGCAGUACCGGAUGGUGCGGAUGCGCCGGGCGUUCCUGAGGGUCCGCAACGCCACCCUCACCAUCCAGGCUUUUGCUCGGGGCAUGUUUGUCAGGAGGAUCUACCACCAGAUGCUGACGGAGCACAAGGCCGCCGUCCUGCAGAAGCACGUGCGGGGCUGGCUGGCCCGCCUGCGGCUGCGCCGGCUCCGCAUCGAGGCGCGCUCGGCGCAGCACCUCAAGAAGCUCAACAUCGGCAUGGAGAACAAGGUGGUGCAGCUGCAGAGGAAGGUGGACGAGCAGAACAAGGAGAACAAGCUUCUGAAUGAGCAGCUGUCCAUGCUGACAUCAGCCCACUCCUCCGAGGUGGAGAAGCUGAAGAAGGAGCUGCAGCAGUACCAGCAGAGCCAGCGGGGUGAUGGCAAGCAGCUCCUGAGCCUGCAGGAGGAGAUGGAGCAGCUGAGGAUGGAGCUGGAGAGGGCUCACGGGGAGAGGGAGGUGAUGGAGGACAGCCACGGCAAGGAGAGGGACCUGCUGAGGAAGCGUAUCUCCGACCUGGAAGAAGAAAAUGCUCUCCUGAAGCGGGAAAAAGAGGAGCUGAACAACAGUAUUCUCUGUCAGUCUGAAGAUGAAUUUGCACAAAACACAGUUGAGGAAAAUACCCAGAUGAAGAAAGAGUUGGAAGAAGAGAGAUCACGUUACCAGAACCUGGUAAAAGAGUAUGCAAGUCUGGAGCAGAGAUAUGACAACUUGAGGGAUGAAAUUACUAUUAUGAAGCAUACACCAGGGCACAGGAGAAACCCAUCCAACCAGAGCAGCUUGGAGUCAGAUUCCAAUAACCCAUCCAUCUGCACCUCUGAGGUCGGGGACACCGAGGAUGUGAUACAGCAGGUGGAGGAGAUUGGGAUGGAGAAAGCAGCCAUGGACAUGACUCUCUUCCUAAAGCUACAGAAGCGAGUGAGGGAGCUUGAGCUGGAGAGGAAGAAGCUGCAAGCCCAGCUGGAGAAAAAGGAGCAAGAGAGCAAGAAAUCCCAGGUGGUUGAAACAAAGGCUGAAGUGGCUUCAGAGCAUGAAGAUUUUGCAUACAACAGCCUGAAGAGGCAAGAGCUGGAGUCUGAGAACAAGAAGCUGAAAAAUGAGCUCAAUGAGCUGAGGAAGGCCAUUGCAGACCACGCCACGCAGAACAACUCCUGCAGCGACGUGCAGGACAGCUACAACCUCCUUCUGAACCAGCUGAAAUCCGCCAACGAGGAGCUGGAGGUGCGCAAGGAGGAGGUGCUCAUCCUCAGGUCGCAGAUCAUGAAGGCAGCCCAGCAGAAGGAGACAGGGAAGGACAUGGUGAAGGAGAAGGAGAGCAUCUCCCACAAUGCCAGCUGGCCCAACAGUGACCAGUACGUUGACCGGGAGGACGCGAUCGAAGCCUACCAGGGCAUGUGCGAGACCAACUGCAAGACUGAGGACUGGGGGUAUCUCAAUGAAGAUGGAGAGCUCGGCUUGGCUUAUCAAGGUCUAAAGCAAGUUGCCAGGUUGCUGGAAGCACAGCUCCAGGAGCAGAAAAGGGAGCAUGAGGAGGAGGUGGAAGCUCUGAGAAACGAGAUGGAUUUAAUGCAAGAGGAGCUGGAGAAGCAGCAGCAGGCAUUCCUGCAGUCUCUGCAGCUCUCUCCAGAGGCCAAGGUGGAUUUUGGACUUCAGCAAGAAAUCACACGUCUGACCAAUGAAAACCUGGAUCUUAAAGAAUUGCUGGAAAAGUUGGAAAAGAAUGAAAAGAAGCUGAAGAAGCAGUUGAAGAUUUACAGGAAGAAGGUCCAAGAUUUUGAAGCAUUCCAGGCAAUGGUGCCAGAGGAGUGGAGAUCACGCGAGGGCAACAUGCAGAUGGCUGUCCAGAGGAAGGAGAAGGAUUUUCAGGGCAUGCUGGAAUAUUGCAAAGAGGAUGAGCCACGCCUCAUCCGAAACCUCAUUACAGAUCUCAAGCCCCAGGCAGUGUCUGCUACUGUUCCCUGCCUUCCUGCUUACAUCCUCUACAUGUGCAUCAGACACGCAGAUUACAUCAAUGAUGACCAGAAGCUGAACUCCUUGCUCACCUCCACCAUCAAUGGCCUUAAGAAGGUUCUGAAGAAGCACCACAAUGACUUUGAGAUGACGUCGUUCUGGCUGGCCAACACCUGCCGGCUCCUGCACUGCCUGAAGCAGUACAGCGGGGAGGAGUGUUUCAUGACCCAAAACACGGCGAAGCAGAAUGAGCACUGCCUGCAGAACUUUGACCUGGUCGAGUACCGCCACGCGUUCAGCCAGCUCUCCAUCCAGAUCUACCAGCAGCUCAUCAACGUUGCCGAGACCAUCCUGCACCCCAUGAUUGUGUCUGCUGUGUUGGAAGAUGAGAGCAUCCCAGGGCUUUCUAGUGUCAAACCGUUGGGCUACAGAAAAUACUCCUCCAACUCGGCAGAAGGUGACAACAACUCCUACACCUUGGACGAAAUGAUUCACCAGCUGAACACGUUCCACAGCAUCAUGUGUGACCAGGGCCUGGACCCAGAGAUCAUCCAGCAGGUGUUCAAGCAGCUCUUCUACAUGAUCAACGCUGUGACCCUGAACAACCUCCUGCUGAGGAAGGAUGUCUGCUCAUGGAACACGGGCAUGCAGCUGAGGUUUAACAUAAGCCAGCUGGAGGAAUGGCUGCGUGGGAAGAACCUGCAGCAGAGUGGAGCAGCAAAAACUUUGGAGCCCUUGAUCCAGGCAGCACAGCUCCUGCAGCUGAAAAAGAAAACCUCAGAGGAUGCCAAUGCCAUCUGCUCCUUGUGCACAUCCCUCAUGACCCAGCAGAUUGUAAAGAUACUUAAUCUCUACACUCCUGUGAAUGAGUUUGAAGAACGUGUGACAGUAACUUUCAUACGAAACAUACAGAAGCUGUUGCAAGAGCGGAAUGACCCUCCACAGCUGCUGUUAGACUUCAAGCAUGUGUUCCCAGUUCAGUUCCCAUACAACCCAUCUGCCAUCACCUUGGACUCCAUUCAUCUCCCUGCUUCUCUCAAGUUGGAUUUUCUCAAUAAAGUCUGAAGAAAGUAGAAUUAAGCUCACCUCUCACACCCAGAGACUUCCAGCAACAAAAGAAAAAAAAAAAAUCAUGAAAAGAAUUCAAGAGCUCUUUAAAUACGGACCAAACAGGCUUAUGGAAGAACCAGUACACAGUAACAAAUGGAUGCUAAAAUGUACACUAAAAAAGACACUGGUCUGUAUGUGAUUUUUUUUUUUUUUUUUGGUUAUUUGCAGCUCAGAAAUAAGGAUACUUGAAAAAUAGAUUUAUUUUUUACUGCUUGAUUUUAUGUUGACAUAGCUCAAAGCCCAUAAUCAUCUCCAAAAGCCACUAACAAAAAAGGAUAGAUGUGGGAGACAGCUUAUUUUGAUCUUCAUAGGUGUCUAUGACAAAAACAAAAUCUGAGAUACUUGUACUGCCUUGAAGGAUGUGUCAUUUGUCUAGUAGCAGAUGGUCUUGUGUGUAUGAAAACAGAACAUGCAGUUCUGUCUUCAGUUGUUUCUAGUACCUGCACUCAGGAUGGUUAAUUGCAGAAGGUAUGUAUUUGUCUCACUAUAAAGGUAACAGAGCUGGGAUGCUGCUUGUUUCCACUGAUGGGGAAUUUGUCACAGAUUGCAGGUUUGAGAAAUGCUGUUGCUCCUCCUAAAUACAUUCUCUGCAUCUGCUUUGUGGAAAUUUAAAUAAAUUGGCAUGACUUUGUUCCAUUGGACUUUCUCACAUUAUCAAAUUUACAUUAGCAAAGGCUUUGUCCUGGUGAAAUAAUCAUGAUGCAAAGGACUGCCUUAAGCCUUCUGCUUCUAGUAUGGCAUCAUCCUGAUCCCUACUGUUGGCUUUCCUUGUGCUUUCAAGUGUCAAACAUUUUCAUCCAGUGUCUGUCAAGGUUCUUGGACCUCUUACAUGGCCAGUAUCAGAAUCCCUUGCAUAGAUCAUGCUAAGGUAAUCCAGUUUAAUCAUCCAGCCCUACCUGUGUUCAGUGGGUUAAACCUAGCUGUAGCUGUCCAUGAAAAAACUCCAUUCAGUUCAGCAGCCAUCCAAAAUGUUAAGAAUC